AUGGCUUCAAUCAAGAACGAACAUACCAUCGACGGAAGCAACCAUUCCGCCCAGUUUGGCGAUAUCGAGAAGCAAACUGUUCCUCAGAUUCGCACUCAUGAAGCGCCAAAGUCCCUUGGUGCUGGGUCCGCCCUCGCCCUCGGUGCCUUUGGAACAACACUCACCACCCUCUCGCUCAGCCUGAUGGAAUGGCGAGGCGUCAGCACGACCAAUGCGUAUAUCGGCAACUUCUUCUUCAUCGCUGCCUUUGGUCUGGUUGUUACUGCCCAAUGGGAACUGUCUAUUGGAAAUGGAUUCGCAUACACGGUCUUUAGUGCUUUCGGCCUCUUCUACGCCGGCUACGGCGCCAUCCUCACCCCCGCAUUUGGCGUCGAACAAGCCUACGGAAACGACACGGUGCAGUACAACAACGCGCUCGGCUUCUUCAUGAUCCUCUGGACGGUUUUCGUAUUCACCUUCCUGAUCGGUUCCCUACCGAGUAAUAUAGCGUACAUUGCCAUAUUCUUCCUGGUCGAUAUGGGCUUCCUCACUGUCGCUGCGAGUUACUUUGCCAUUGCGGAUGGGAAUGAAACUGCCGGAUUGGGGUUGAAAAAGGCCGGUGGCGCGUUUUGCUUUGUGGCGGGGUUGGUGGGAUGGUAUGUGACGCUGCAUUUGAUGAUGAAGGAUUCGAUUGUGGUGUUGCCGUUGGGUGAUACGUCGCGGUUUUUUCGGAAGAGGGAGUAAUUGAUAUUGGGGAUAGAGAUGCUAUUAUGUAUGGGAUAGUAAUGAUAAAAGAGGGGCAUCC